GGGGGCGUAUCCGUCUUAGAACUACACCUCCCAGGAGGCAGCGCGCCACCGGAAGUACACCGGCGAUCUCAGCUGUACGGACCGGAAGUGCCGGAGAGAAGAUAGAAUGCCGAGGAGGAAACAGUCCCACCCCCAGCCUGUGAAAUGCGGUGGAGGGGCGGAGCCUUUAGGUUCUGGCGCCAGCACUGUUGUCCUGGAGUCAGAUCUUCUCCUGAGCGAUGAUUUAGAGCUGUGUGGUGGCACUGAGCGUCUUCUCUCCUUCUCCCGGGACUCGGAGGAUUCAGUAGAAAGUAAGUUGGAGAUCCCGCGUUACCCGCUGAGCGAGGAUGAAUAUUCGGCGUACCAGCCGCUCAGCACGGACAGCGAUCCAGAAGAGGCGGGUGUGGGGGGUCUGCCCUCUCCCUGUGGGCCCUGCGAGUCAACAGAGAGCAGCCGCUGUCAGUACCAGGAGCACCAUGAGGACGUGACCUCAGAGAAGGAGAGGCUACUCUUCACCUGCCGCCUGUGUCCCUUCUCCACCCAUUACUCCAGCCACCUCAAGAGGCACAUGAAGACUCACAACGGGGAGAAACCCUUCUGCUGCCCGCACUGCCUCUACGCCUCCUCUCAGCUUGUCAACCUCAAACGUCAUCUUCUGACCCACACCGGGGAGAAGCCUUUCCACUGCGAACUCUGCACCUUCUCCUGCAGCAGUCCGGGCAACUUGAAACGCCACCAGAAGGUCCACACACAGGACAAACCCUUCACCUGCCACCUGUGCCCUUACCGCUGCAACCAGAGCCGCAAUCUGAAACGCCACAUCCUGGCGCACCGGAGGGGGCAACAGAAGGAAAGGCGUGAAGAGGCCAAAGAGACGAGGAGCAGCCCCCCCCCUGAUGAUGUGUCUGUGGCAGCCCUGGCCCUCCCGGUGACCUCCGAUGACCUGGAAGUCUUUCUGCCAGCUUGUGUCCACUUAAGCCGUGCUCCGUCUUCGCCCGUUCUGCAGCCUACGGCAGAUGACGGCCUCCCAGAGCUGCUUUUCCCCUUCACGUGCCGCUCUUGUGGCACGGUUCUGGAUGAAGGCAGCCCUCAGGACGAUGAUGGUGAGAUGGAUGGACAGUUCUGCUCCCGUUGUAGCUCUUCGGGGAGCCCAGACAAAUGCUUUUCUUGCGUUUUGUGCCCGUUUGUCACCCACUACCAGAACCAUUUAUCCCGCCACAUGAAAACGCACAGCGGGGAGAAGCCCUACAAGUGCCACCUAUGCUCCUAUGCCUCGGCACACUAUGACAACCUAAAGAGACACCAGCGGGUUCACACCGGGGAAAAGCCCUACAAGUGCCAGCUGUGUGACUAUGCCUGUGGCAACCUCGCCAACCUAAAGAGGCAUGGGCGCAUCCACUCUGGGGACAAGCCCUUCCGCUGUGGCCUAUGUAACUACAGCUGUAACCAAAGCAUGAACCUCAAACGUCACAUGCUGCGUCACACUGGCGAGAAGCCGCUCCGCUGCCCGCAGUGCCACUACACCACCGGCCACUGGGACAAUUAUAAGCGUCACCAGAAGACGCAUGGACACUCUGGAGAACUCAGUGAGCCCCCGAGGUCUGACGGAUCUUAGAACCUUUAACUGCUCUGCACAAGUUUGGUUUAUAGCGCAGUCUAGUAUGCUGCGGCAGAAGUGUAAGCUCCUUGGGCUAAGGCUGGCCGCACAAUACUGACCCCCUCUGUUAUGCUGUAUGUCCUCAUAUUGUGAAUAUUAUGGAGUAUUGCAUGGCUGGUUCAUGUGCUCGUCCCAUAAACAUUCCAGGAUGUCAGAUUGUGAGUGGAGCUAAUUUUUUAUGGUAUUCCAUGGUGGAGAGCGUUCUGUCCUCACACGUCUUAUUCUGGCCAAUGCUGGGUGAGGCAUCCUUCACUCGCACCUUAUUCUAUCCAGUAUUUGGUGGAGCAUCCUUCACCGACACCGAUUCUAUCCAGUACUGGGUGGAGCAUCCUUCACCGACACCGAUUCUAUCCAGUACUGGGUGGAGUAUCCUUCACCGACACCGAUUCUAUCCAGUACUGGGUGGAGCAUCCUUCACCGACACCUCUUAUUCUAUCCAGUACUGGGUGGAGCAUCCUUCACCGACACCUCUUAUUCUAUCCAGUACUGGGUGGAGCAUCCUUCACUGACACCUCCUAACUAUUGCAGGGAGCCUGCCCUUACACCUUGUAUUCUAUCCAGUGCUGGGAGAAGCCUUUGGGGGCCCACACACAAGACAGUAUACCAUACAUUUUGGCUACACGUUACCAUAUUUUUGUUGGCCAAUCUACUUAUCAGUGAUCAAUCAAUAACACCGACAUUACUGACGUUCUUAUCAGUGACCGAUCAGUAAUGCUGAUGUUCUUGGUGACCAAUAAAUGAUUCUGAUAUGUUCUUAUCAGUCACCGUAUGGGAGACCGAUCUAUAACGCUAACACGUUCUUAUCGGGGACUGAUCAAUAACGCUAACGUGUUCUUAUCGGGGACUGAUCAAUAAUGCUAACGUGUUCUUAUCAGGGACUGAUCAAUAAUGCUAACGUUCUAUCGGCGAUCGAUCAAUAACGCUAACGUGUUCUUAUCGGGGACUGAUUAAUAAUGCUAACGUGUUCUUAUCGGGGACUGAUCAAUAAUGCUAACGUGUUCUUAUCAGGGACUGAUGAAUAAUGCUAACGUUCUAUCAGCGAUCGAUCAAUAACGCUAACGUGUUCUUAUCGGGGACUGAUUAAUAAUGCUAACGUGUUCUUAUCGGGGACUGAUUAAUAAUGCUAACGUGUUCUUAUCGGGGACUCAAUGCUAACAUGCUAUCGGCGAUCGAUUAAUAAUAAUGCGUUCAUAACAGAGUCCGAUAAAUAAUGCUAAUAUGCUCUUAUCAUAGUCCGAUCAAUAACGCUAAAGUGUUCUUAUCGGAGUCAGAUCAAUAACGCUAAAGUGUUCUUAUCGGAGUCCGAUCAAUAAUGCCAAAGUGUUCUUAUCAGAGUCAGAUCAAUAACGCUAAAGUGUUCUUAUCGGAGUCAGAUAAAUAACGCUAAAGUGUUCUUAUCGGAGUCCGAUCAAUAACGCCAAAGUGUUCUUAUCGGAGUCAGAUCAAUAACGCCAACGUUUUCUUAUCGGAGUCAGAUAAAUAACGCUAAAGUGUUCUUAUCGGAGUCCGAUCAAUAACGCCAAAGUGUUCUUAUCGUAGACCGAUAAAUAAUGCUAACGUAUUGUUUUUGGAGACUGAUCGCUAAUGCCAACGUUCAUAUUGGAGACCGAUUAAUAACGCUCAUGUGUUCUUAUCAGAGACAGAUGA